AUGUCUCGCAAUAUUCAAGAAUACAUUCUUUUUCAAAAACAAGGCUAUCAGUGUUCAACUUGCCACCAAAACUUACAAGGUAAAUGUGAGAACUGUAAUAACCAAAAUAAGCAAUUAACUGGUGAAUUCAGCAAUUUAAAAGGAAUAAAUGCUUCUAAUAAUCAGUUCACUAACUUAAAUUUCUUAAAUACUUUGCCCAACAAAGAAAAAUUGAAAGGGAUUAAUCUUUUUGGUAAUCAGAUCACAGAGAUAGAUUUCGCCCAAUUAUUUGUGAAUUUUCCUAACUUGGAAAAAAUAAAUUUACAAAAUAAUCCUAUUUCAGCUAAAAACCUGAAUAAUUUAACUAACCAACAAUUCAACAAGUUAGUCCAAGGGAUUAAAGAAAAGAAAAUCAGAAUUGACUCUUUUAAAGGAACUUUAUUAAUGGAUUUUUUGGAAUAUACUCAAAACUUAAUUAAAAAAGGUGAAAAUACCGAAAAUGCUCAUAAAUUACAAACAAUUUUACAAAAUAGUUCAAUUGAAAACAAACAACAGUCCAAUAACUCUAAAAUUCCCUGA